CUCUCGCUGCGUCCUUCCGUAGUCUCCUCCCGCAAUCAACGCAUCCUCGCCUUACCAUGCCGAUCUAGCCCCGGCUCUCCAUGGAAGGUGUGACCUCUGCACCCAACUCUCUAGGGAAGGCGCGAUCUACUCUCCAUGGCCUCCCGCAAUCAACGGUCUCUCGCCCCACCUCGACGACCCUGCCCUGGCUCCCCAUGGAAGGCCGUGGAAGGUGCAACCGAGCCCCAGCUCAACAUGGAAGGCGCGAUCCACUCUCCUCGCCCCAUCAUCGGCGUCCACUAUCCAUCGAAGAGUCCUGUCUUCCCAGUCCCCCUUCCCCACAGAUGGCCGGCGAACCCAUCACCACCGUGCCAUCGGGCCCUGAAUCCGUGGCCGAGGCUGACUGCCUCCUGGCGCUGGCCGAGUCGGAGCUCUCCACGGGUAGGCACGCCCUUCGCGCGCAGGUACGCCCUCCGCGCCGCCCGCCUAUACCCGACCUCCCAGCGCGCCCCAUUGGUGGCCACCGCCGCCAACGUGCUCCUCGCCGACGCCUCCUCCCACCACGCCGCGCUGCUGCUGCCCGAGCCCGACGACCCCGACGCCUCGCCGCUCUCCGUCUCCGAGCUCUGCCGCCACUUCAAGUCGCUCAUCAAGUCCCUCCGCGUCGGCCUCGACGCCACCAUCGUAGCCGCCUACCCCUCUAUUGCUGCCACCGCCGAGGAGGCACUCGGCCGUGCCAUCAAGGCCUACGAGGCGCUCACCGCCCCUGCCCCUGGGACCGCCUGCGCCGGGUGCCGCCUCCUCCACGAGUUUGAGCGCAAGUAUGUGGGAUACUGAGUGCGAUUAAGGUUCAUCAAGUGAAAUUUAGAUACUGAGUGCGAUUUCGGUUUCAGCUCUGGAAAUUGCUGAUCAAUUAAUUGUGGGGGGAAGCGUCUCUACUUCCUUCUCGGUUGGUCAAGGCGGACAAGCGGUCGUCGGUCUGGUAUCCCCUUCCUGUGUCCUCUCUCCUCUGUGUAGAUGGCGAAUUUGUGGAGUCCGAACAAUCUGAAUGUUCUCGCAUUCUUUACAUAAUCCCUUGCCAAUUUAUGGCAAGUUUUAUUUGCUCCAUUUGUUUUAUGGUAUGAUGAUCUGGAUCUGAUGAGCCCAUUCAAAUUCUUUUGCCGAGCCUCCAUUCCUCUUUUUCUACUGUUUGUUUGUGCAUCGGAAUUGCUGGAUCUAUACCAAAAUCUGAAAAGUGUAGGCUAUACAGAGAAUUAAGAAGUUGUCUUGACCUCACUAGACCCAGAGACUACUCAUCACCAGAGGAAAUGGUACAAAGACUAACAUCAGCUUCUACUGUACUAAGGAGGGUGUUGGAUAAUCCAGCACUCCAGGACUGUCAAGAAAAUAAUGGAUUUGGAGACAUGAUGGAUGAAGAUGUUAUAAGCAAUAUUUCAGUUCGCUUGAAGUUAAGCCUUACUGUUUAGGACUUCACUCUCCCAGUGACACCUACUUUACCUGCUGUUUUUGGUGUAUCCUGGCAAAAUUCCUUUUUACUGUGUUCCAUUUCCAUUUCUGUGAUGUGCUCAACUUUACAUUUGGAUAAAAGUUAGUAAGGUAAAGUAAACACAUUCACAAAUUCAAGUACUGAGAAGAAAAAAUGUACGUUUCAAAGUAGUUGUCCAAGUUAUGCCAACUUGCUUUUAUGUAAGACCUGCAUUGUGGUGAAUUUUGCAGCUGUCCGGCCGCGUGUACCGCAUCACCUUCACCAACCGGCUCAACGGGGCCGCAGGCGCAGUGCCGUGAAGCAGAUACGGACCGCCGGGAAACUGUACCUCCACAAGUACAUAAUGCGCUCGACCACAUUAAUGUUGUUGUUAAGAGUCAAACGAUGGUUUGUGUUCACAACUGAAACCAUUGGAUUUUGUUUUUGACAUCUCAAGGAGGUAUUAACCGAGAGCUUGCUGCCGCAAAAAAGAUUUCUCACAUCUGAGAUCGAGAGAAGAAAGCAUUUUCAAGGAGAAUAGCUGAUCUGUUGAUGUGCUUGGCCUUAAGACUGCUUUUGCAACCUUCAUGGGUAAGGCAAGUAAACCUUCCUCCUUUGCCUCUCUGAUGCUAUGUGUUAUGUAAUAAUGGCCUAACCCCAUCGGUCGCUUAGUAAGCUAUCUUGUCUGUUAUUAACUUACAUUAAAAUUCUACCACAAAUUCCCAUCAACAAGAAAAACAAGAAAGAUAGCUACUAGGAGAAGCUUUAAUACGCUCGAUACCUGGCAUGAUGAGUUCCUCAAUCAAG